AUGUCCACUGAUAAACGCACCAUCACCGUCCGGGCCCCAGUGAAUAUCGCCGUAAUUAAGUAUUGGGGCAAACGUGAUGAAAAGCUAAUCAUUCCACUGAAUGACUCGAUCAGCGGCACCCUCGAUAUGGAGCAGCUCUGUGCCACAACUUCAGUGGCCAUCAGUCCCUCCUUCAAGUGCAAUCAGAUGUGGCUCAAUGGCGAAGAGGUGGACAUGACAGCAAAUGAGCGACUUUUUCGGUGCAUCCAAGAAGUGAAAACUAUGGUGGGCACUAGCCAAUGGCCGGCUGAUCACCAUCUGCAAAUAGCCUCCCGCAACAACUUUCCAACAGCCGCCGGACUAGCCUCUUCCGCCGCCGGUUACGCCUGUUUGAUGUACGCCCUUUGCCGUCUGUUUGGAGUUGACGAUGCUGAGCGCAUCUCCACACUAGCCCGUCUUGGCUCUGGCUCUGCUUGUCGCUCCGUGUACGGUGGCUUCGUCCAGUGGGUCGCCGGCACUGACCACCAGAGCUCCAUUGCCCGGCAGAUACUGGACGAGGAGGCAUGGCCGUCGAUGCGUGUCCUCGUACUGGUGGUCAGUGACCACCGCAAAGACACCUCCAGCUCAUCGGGCAUGAAGUCAAGUGUGGAGACAAGUGACUUGAUGAAGAAGCGAGUGCAGGACAUCGUACCUCAACGGAUUACACAAAUGUUGACUGCCAUCAAAGAGCGAAACUUUCACGACUUUGCGGAGAUCACCAUGAGAGACUCGAAUCAGUUUCAUGCCAUUUGUCAGGACACCUAUCCGCCGAUUCAUUACAUGAAUGACGUUUCCUGGUCGGUCGUCAGCCUGGUGCAUUACUUCAAUAAGCUCUACGGGUGCAACAAGGUCGCCUACACCUUUGACGCCGGUCCGAAUGCCUGUCUCUACGUUCUCGAAAACGUCGUUCCGGAGCUACUGGCUCUCAUUACUGCCAUUUACGGAAAAUCAGAAAGCAAACUUGAAGUGCAAGGAAUUGAGUACAAGAAGCACCCGGAGCUGAAUGAUUCGCUACAAAAAUACGCUGUAGUAAAUGCUUGCCCAGGUGCAUUAAAGUACGUCAUCAGUACCAAAUUGGGCACUGGACCACAGGUUCUCAGCACGUCUUUUGAUGCGAAUUGUUUGAUCGAAGAAAGUGGAGGGAUAAAAAAUAAUGAUGUGUAA